AUGUUACAAAGAAUUGACGCUGAGAUUUGGAAACUGUCACAAACCGACGAUUUAGAACCGGAGCUAAGAAGUUCACCAAAUGCUGUAGAUUUUGAGAUUGCAUUUCGACGACCAACAUUAGUGUCUAGACGAUAUCCGAUUCAAUUUGGAACAACUGAACUUGCACAAUUGAACGACAUAUCUGACGACUGGCGUCGACAUCUUGUUUUUUAUCUUGAUUUCCUGCACAGGCUUGAUGAUUUCAAACUACUCUGUGAAGAAGACCAGAUUUUUGUGGCUCGUUCUCAGAUAGUUCAGCACGGAUGGUUGAUGCAUGCAUAUUAUACAAUGAUAAAUAAUGUUGUUGGCUUAUCCUACGUCAACAAUCGUUACCAUCCACGAGAUGGUAUUAUCAAAGGUGACUCAAGCACAAAAUGCAAAGAUCAGACUAAAAUUUACGCUACAAAUGAUAAAGGAAAUGAAGAAAACGUGAAAAAGAAACGUGAAAAUCAGUUGUCGUAUCAAACUGUUAUUAAUGCAAAAACAAUUUUUGAGACGUGUAAAGGUGAGACAAAAGAUCAAGUUCGAUUGAUACGUGAAAAAUACAUUAAAGCUUUGUAUAGUUAUAUACAAAAAUAUAAGACACAGUCAUUGGAUGAAGCUGUCUCUCGGCUUGGCAAAUUUAUGCUUAUUUUAGCCACUAUUACGGUUUGUACUUUCUUUCCAAUUAACUUUUUAAUUCUUCUUUAGCG